GGUUAUCUGCAUAAUAGAUUUUGUUUACAAUGUAUAACAAAUUCAGUAUAUUUUCAUAAAAAACUAAAACGUUAUUAUCUUAAAAGAAAACUCGAAAUAAGUGAAUAAUGGAUAAAUUAACGACCAUAAGUGCAACAUUAUUUAUGGCAGCCGAUGUAUUUGCCAUUGUUAGCUUGGCAAUGCCAGACUGGAUAGUAACCGAAGAAGCUGGUGAUAUACGACUCGGUCUUAUGUGGACUUGCAUGACUCUUUAUAAUCGCCCUCAGGUUUGCUAUACUCCAGAGUUACAACCUGAAUGGCUGGUAGCUUUGGUUUGUAUAUUCAUCGGUUGUAUAUGCAUUACGACAACUGUCAUUUUAUUAGCCUCCAGUACAUGGGAUCGUAAUGUAAUACCUUAUGCUCGUUGGGUAGGAUUCACGGCAACAGUUUUAUUUUGCCUGGCCGCCGUUGUUUUUCCAUUGGGAUUUCAUAUUGAAGAAAUUGGCGGUCAGGCCUAUCAAUUGCCUAAUACUUAUAAAAUUGGCAUAUCCUAUAUACUUUUCGUAUUGGCUUUGUGGAUAACGGUAGUAUCAGAACUCUUUGCAGGAAAAGUAUGUCUACCACACUUUUAGAAUAUAAGAAAAUUGUAAAUAUAAGUGUUGACAGUUCGAAAUAUUUCAUUUAUGUUCUCAAUCCUCAGAUACGGUUGUGUUAAGCUUGCUCCUUUUAUUUCCAUCACUGCCCAAUAAAGUGUAUAUGUCCUUGGUCAUUCUUAGCCGAUUUUAACAUGUCCAUCUGUUUGUCUGCCGUUUGUUGUUGAAUGGUGGAAUGGUCGAAAUAAUUACCUUAUAAAAAUGAAGCUAUGCAUAUAUUGGGCGAUCGCGAUAUCGUCCAACGUUUAUGAUUCUAAUUCUCUACCUAGUGGAUGAUGUAGUGAUUGACAUUGUAAAGCAGAUUCCCAAUCUUGGCUUCGUAAUUAAUUCACAUUUAAAUGGUGAUGAUCAUACCGAUCUUAUGACUGUACCGUCUCAAGCCAAGUUAAAAUUAAUUAAAUGACUCGUCGUGCCACGUAUAUCGUAUUGAGCCAACUUUUACCGCAAACUUGACUGCGCCCCGAGCACCAAACUUCUUGUUUUUAAUAAACUCAAGUACGACAGAAUAUCACAGACUUUAAGUUCUUAUCUUUCAUCGUUUCUUAAAUGCGAUCUUCGUGAAAAAAUCCGGUUUGUCCGAUUCGAAUAUACGAUGAAUUUAAUUCUUCUAGACCAGAACUAUUUGGGAUCACCAAGGCUAUUUUUGAUCAACGCUGUAAAAUUAUGGAAAGCGCUACCGUCUGAUAUCAAGGCUGCAGUUAGUGGGUAUAGCUUCAGAGCAGCAAUCGGGAAAUUUGCGUUAUAUGCCAAUAAACGUGUCUAGUAAAACAAGGGAACCAAAUAGCAACUUACUAUCUGUUAGAGCUGUUGACCAAAAAAUUCGUACAUACAUCUCCUAGAGUCAUUUAAUAAAAUAUUUCGUACUGCAUAUGCAUUGGCUGGAGACAGCAGAAACGUAGAAUUAGGUGAGCGUAACUUCCUUAGUUGUUAAGUAUAAUAAUUAAUUAAAUACAUUUUAAUGAUAGUAUCAUUAAGCAUUCAUGUUUACAAGUGGGCGAGUGG